AUGGACGACUUCCGGUUUUACAUGGAGGGAGUCGGUCUGCUGGAGGGGAACACGCGCCGUGCAAACGCUGAGCUGAUCGCUGCCAUCAACAGCCCUGACCCAAUGGUUCAGUACAGCGGCUUGCAGAUGCUGUGUGAUCAGCUCACAAUGAGCUCCUUCAUCUCGCCUUCCACGAUGGCCACUAUUCCGCUCAUUUUACCAGCGGUGCUGCGGUGCAUCGCGUCGUCGCACGCGCGCGAAGUGUUCAUCACGGCGGCCCGCGCGCUCACCUACAUCAUCGACGCCUUUCCUCGCACCUUUGAGACAACUCCAACCCGCACCACCUUGGUCGAAGUGCUGCUGCAGCACCUCCGGUCCAUCCAGGACGUGGAGCUGUCGGAGCAAUGCAUCACCUGCUUGGAGUUGAUCACGCGGAGUCAGAUGGGGAGCCGCGAACUGCUACGCAGUGACGGAGUCGAGGCAGUACUUGGCUUUGCCGACUUCUUCACUCUUCACAAGCAGCGGCAAAUUUGGACGAUUGUGCAGCGACUCGUCGGUGAGGUGGACGAGAGUAGCGUGCAGCAUAUCACCGCUUGCCUUCCCACACUGCGGCUCGGCAUGACAAACGGCGACGCCGAAAUACGUCAAAAGGCAAUCGCCACACUGGCACAGGCCAUUGAAGGCGUCAAGAUGAACCGAGCCACCGUGGAGACGGUGUUCGGCGACGCAGCAGACCGCAUCGCAUCCCUGCUACACGAGCGCGAUGUCAAUGACGACACACUCUCCUCGGCGCUCUUUCUUCUGUACGCAGGUGUGCAGUGGAGUGCUGCGAUCGCGGCCUCGGUGAUACAAAGUGGCCUCUUCAACACGCUGCUCUCCUUGCUGGAACCAGUGCCGACUCCGGCGCUGGUAGCAGACCAGCAGACCGCCUCGUCGUCCAUUGGGAGAGCUCGGCGCGGCAACGGUGCAGCCGAACGGAUAGGGGAACGUGAGGCCGAAAGAGAGGAUGGUCAUGGCGCUGGUUCUGAGGCAGCAGUUGUGCGAACGCUGAUGCUUACCUCGCACCAGCGCACCACCGUAUGCCGGCUUUUGGCUUCUCUGCUGAUUCCGUACAGGGCCGGCGCUGCGGAGCAGCUCGAGCGACUGGAGAUGUUGACACAGCGACCACUGCGCACUGGCGCCCCGGCCCUAGGUGACCACGUGGACAUGGAUGACGAUGAUGACGAAGAUGAGGACUACACAACGGAGGAGGAAGACGACGGGGAUGAGGUGCCGGACCUUGACGAUGACAGCAGCGGUGACGCUACCCUGUCGCAGCUGCGCCAGCGACUGGCACAUGAGCAGGGCCUCAGGAUCGAGACAAAGCCUGCCUACGCCCGAUGCCGUGCCUCCGGUUUCAUAUGCGAUGGAUGCGGGAAGAACUGCCUCCCCGGUGACUGGUACCGGUGCAACGAGUGCCCCGACAAGGACUACUGCACUGCUUGUGUUUUACAGCAGUACAAGCAGGAUCACGAUGGCCAGCACAGCUACACCGAUAUGGAGCAGGUGGUGGGUGCUACAGCGCGCAAUCGGGAUAAGCUGGAGCUCUACCGGACGUCGCCUCAGCUGCUCCAGCGCGUUUUGGAAGCCAUCCCCACAGUUGUCGGUGUGUGCGUUGCCUCUGAGGUCGUUGCGGUGCGGGUGUCGUGUCUCGACUUCCUUGUUAGUGCGGUUGAUAUGGCCUCCAGAGAGCAGCUUAUCGCGAGCGGCAUCACAAACCUCCCCCUCGGGGAGGUUCUCAAUAACAAUCUCCGCGGCGCCGACCUUCUCUGCAACGCCCUUGCGGUCGCUCUAGCGGGCCGGCUGUUGAUCACGGCGAGUGACGCCUAUCAGGUACAGUUCGUACGAGAGGGCGUAAAGCUGAGUCUGCAACUACUAAAGCAGCGCUUCAGGGUGAGGGGAAGGGCAACGCUCACGCGCGAGGCGCGCGCAGCCUUGACGACGUCUACUGCCGGGUGGUGCACCAUCAUUGGCACUGAGGCGUCAACGCUGCUCCAGCGUUUCGUGGGGAUCGAAGAUGAGCAAGAGGUUGAAUCCCUCCGUCGUGUCGUUCAGGAACUCCGUCAAGACCACUUCAGCACCGCGGUGAGCCUGCUGCGUGACUUGCUUUCUGCUGACAUCACGGCUUUCGAAUUUUACUCGAGUGGUAUUGUGCGAGAGCUGCGGAGCUGCCUGGGCCGACUGCAAAACAUCUACGCAGUGAUGUACCUAGUCGCUGCGCUCUCCAGUUCGUCUACCAAGAAGAAAGGUGCGGGAGAGAGCAGCGCUGCUGACGUCCCGCUGACGUCGGCCGCCACCGCUGCUUCGUGGGGAGGUCACAGCAGGUGUAGCCUGCUUGCCCAUUUUGUGCAUCACCUACACACAAUACUAACGCUUCUCGACGACUUUGCCGUGCCCACGUAUGACUUUAUCGGCGAUGUUCACCACUACUUUGUUGUCUCUUUUGAGCCGCACCACGCAACUGUCGCGGUGGCUGGCGACAUGCCAUCAGCCACUUCCACCUCCAACGCACGCGGCAGCGGCGGUGACAGCUCUCUUUCACCACGGGAAUGCAUCAAGGCGCGUAUUCGACCCAUUUCGAGCGUGAGCGCUAUGGUCCAAGUUCUCCAGCAGGAAGUGCUGCGGCAGGAGAGCGAGGAAGGAAACGACGGCGACAGAGAGGAUGACGAGGCGGUGACCAACAUCUUACCCGACCUGCACCCGCGACACUCCUCUGCGUCUGGCAGCGCAGAUGUUCCUGCGCCUGCUAACCUGUCUCAGCCCCCCUCACCACCAGCGAACAACAUAUGGAUUCGCUAUGGCGCACAUGUGCUUCCGCUGUCGAUGACAAUGCUGCAGAUUAUGGAGCACCUUGUCCUGCCUGCCGCGGCGACCUCCACAGACGAGACGCGAACCAGCCCCCACGCCAACACUGAACAAAGGCCUAAGCCGCGCCACACCGUUACUGCGUCAGAGGAAGGGGGAGACGAGGAGCAGGAAGCCGGGCAGGGCGCCCACAACCGUCUCGUGGGAGUAGACACAUCGAGCGCCGCCGGAUUCUCUCUGCAGCGACCUGUUGUACUGCACUACAGCACCACCCCAUACAAUCCGCAGCAGUACUCCUUGUAUAAGGUGCCGAAUACAUUCCCUGCCAGCGGCAACCCCCAGGCACCGCUGCAGGUGCGCCUGCCGUCUCAGGAUUGCGAGCCGAGCGCGGUGCGUAGCGUAAAGCAGCAGCUUGCUGGUGCUUUCCACUACAGCCGACACGUGCUCUCCGACAGCCAGCGGGAUGUUCUGGGUCUGCUUGGCAUUCUGCAUGCCGCGGUCGUAAACUGGGUGGCGCUGCUUACCUACGUGCAAAAGCAAGCCGCUGCUGCAUCGGAGCAUCUGCACGGCAUCGAUGUUGCGUGCAUUCUGAAAACCUUCGCUCCUGCCAUCUCCAUCACCGAGUUUCAACACCCGAAGCUUAACAGCAAAGCGGCUCAGCAAUGCUCGCAGAUGCUUCUGGCUGGGCAGCAGCGUGGCACCUGGGCCGUGAAACUCGCUCUGGAUUGUACCUAUCUUUUCAACUACUCGACACGCAAGUUCCUCUUCGACGUUGCCUUCACUUCGACGGAUCGCUGCUUGAUUCGGAUGCGCAAGUAUCGGGAGCUAUUUGGCUUGAACGAACCGCGCGUGUCGAGUGAGCAGAUGCGGAGCGUCUACGGUCAACUCAAGAAGGAAGCGAAACGGGUGUGGCGUGAGGAUAUCUUAGAGUGCGCGAAGGCGGUGCUCGGUGCACAAGAUGCGCAGGAGCGGAACCGCGUGUGGAGUUUUCACUUCUAUAACGAAAACGGCUGGGGCGAUGGCCCCACGCGCGAGUUUUACACCCUUGUCAGUCAGCAGCUGCGACAGCGGAAGUUGGGGCUGUGGCGCAACGGCAACGAAGCUGCGGAGGACACAGAGUACGAUGUCACUGCCGUGGGCCUAUUCCCAAGGCCAAUGCCGCCCGGGUCCGCUCAGGAGAAGCAGCACCUUGUCCCUUUUUUCCGUCUUGUUGGGCGGUUUAUUGGACGAGCCCUCCUUGACGAGCACGUGCCCGGCCUUCCGCUCUCACCGGUCUUUCUCCGCCUUUUGCGCGGUGAUGUGUGCGGAGUGUACGAUGUGCAGGACAUCAGCGAGGAGGUCGGUCGCCUGUUGGUUGCUAUGACAGAAGCUGCUGGGCAUGGGCACACGCGCCUGCAGCUGCCAGGACAGAAGAAAGUGGUGGAGGUGCAGGACCUCGCCCUCGACUUCACGCUUCCCGGCGACGACAGCGUGGAGUUGUGUCCAGAUGGGGCGAACACGCUGGUGACUGCCGAGAACAUGAUGGCGUACUGCGACGCGGUCACAAGCUUUCUGCUCGAUCGCGGGGUAGCCGCGGCGGUCCACGCGCUCCGCGAGGGCUUUCACUGGUACAUUCCACUCGUGGCACUGCAUAUGCUCAGCGUGGACGAGUUGCAUCAACUCAUCGCUGGACACGAGACGGCAGUGACGCGCGAGGACUUUGAGAAGUACAGCGAGGCAAACUACGGGUAUACGCUGAACUGUAAGCAUGUGCAGUGGCUCUUUGACAUCCUAGCCGCCUUCACAGUGGAGGAGCAGAAGCUGUUUUUUUUGUUUCUCACCGGCUCUGCGCACCUCCCCGUAGGCGGAUUAGCCCGCCUACGGCCGUCCUUCACCAUUGUGCGAAAAACGUCCGAGGAUGCCGGUAUCAAGGAGGAGGACAUGCUGCCCUCCGCCAUGACGUGCCAGAACUAUUUGAAGCUGCCGCAGUACAACACGAAAGAGGAGAUGGAGAAGAAGCUGCGCUUCGCCAUGGCCGAGGGCAGCGGCGCGUUCUUGCUCUCCUAG